AUGGAAAAGGCACUUGCACGCUACGGUGUCACUCACCGUCUUUCUACCGCAUACCACUCGCAAACUAAUGGCCAAGUAGAGAAUGCUAACCGAGGGGUGAAGAGCAUCCUAGAGAAAACGGUAGGAAAAAGUAGAAAAGAUUGGUCGGAAAAGCUUGACGACGCUUUGUGGGCUUUCCACACCCCGUAUAAGACACCGUUAGGAACAACACCCUUUAUGAUUGUGUAUGGCAAAGCUUGCCAUCUUCCGGUAGAGUUAGAGCAUAGAGCUUUGUGGGCAUUUAAAACCGUUAAUCUUGACCUUACCGAGGCCGCUAGAAGGAGGUUGUUCCAAAUUCACGAGUUGGAAGCAUUGAGGGAUGCCGCCUAUGAAUGA